AUGUCGAAAGCAGAGGCAUUGGAUUUGGCAACUGGGCUUGGUGGAAAGAUUGACAAGAGUGACGUUCUCUCCGCUAUUGACAAGUACGAAAAAUAUCAUGACUAUUAUGGAGGUGUCAAGGAUGAGAGAAAAUCUAACUACACCGAUAUGGUAAACAAAUACUAUGAUCUUGUCACAAGUUUCUAUGAAUAUGGCUGGGGAGAAUCAUUCCACUUUGCAGCCAGAUGGAAAGGAGAGUCUCUGCAAGAGAGCAUUAAAAGGCAUGAGCACUUCCUUGCCUUACAACUUGGCCUUAAACCAGGACAAAAGGUCUUGGAUGUAGGAUGUGGAAUUGGUGGACCAUUAAGAGAAAUUGCUCGAUUCAGUUCUACAUCUAUUACGGGGCUCAACAAUAAUGAAUAUCAGAUAACGCGAGGAAAGGCCCUAAACCGCGUUGCAGGAGUAGACAAGACUUGUGACUUCGUGAAAGCCGAUUUCAUGAAGAUGCCAUUCCCAGACAAUAGUUUUGAUGCAAUAUAUGCAAUUGAAGCGACUUGCCAUGCUCCGGAUGCGGUUGGGUGCUACAAGGAGAUUUACAGGGUACUGAAACCAGCAAUCGGACGUUUUAUCACCAAAAAUAUGGUCAUGGCUCUUGAAAAAGUGGGACUUGCCCCAAAGGGAAGUCAAAGGGUUCAAGCUUUCCUGGAGAAAGCAGCAGAAGGACUUGUUGCUGGUGGACAGAAAGAAAUUUUCACCUCGAUGUAUUUCUUCUUAGCUCGGAAGCCCCAUUUGGACGGUCAGUGA